AUGUGCACCGUAGAGUCCCACGUAGUGCGGAGGGGCAGUGCUUGUAGAGCUGAAGGGCGCUGUGUGGUUGCAGGGCGGCGGGCGGCUGGCCCGGCGCGCGACUUCCGCCGGCACGCGGUGGUGCGGCCGCGCCUCUUCCACGGGCGCGGGAAGCGCGAAAUCGCCUCCUCGCGAGAAAAGGCCCCUGCCCUGGGCACCCCUGGUCGGCUGGCGCGUGGCGAGGCGUGGCGAGGCGUGGCGUGCGCGGGGCGCAGCGUGGCUGGAGCGGACUGGAAAGUGGCUGGAGCGGACUGGAAAGUGGCUGGAGCGGACUGGAAAGUGGCUGGAGCGGACUGGAAAGUGGCUGGAGCGGGCUGGAAAGGGGCUGGAGCGGACUGGAAAGUGGCUGGAGCGGACUGGAAAGUGACUGAAGCGGGCUGGAAAGGGGCUGGAGCGGAGUGGAGAGGGGCUGGAAUGGUCUGGAGCGGUCGGUAG